AUGACUCUAUACACCUCUUGGCUCACCGUCUCGUACGAUCCCAUCGUCGGGAAUCAACAAAACAAAUUGUGCUUUUGGCAGAAGAUCACCGAGCUUUACAACACAGAUUCAAAGCCGAGGGGGAGUCGCCCCCGCACCGUGAAGAUGCUCCGCGCUCAUUGGGACCGGGUUGACAGAGAUGUCAAAAAGUUUUGCGCGGUCUACGGGGGUGAAGCGAAGCAUUACCAAAGCGGAGCCAGCGAAGCCGACAUUCUGCGAGCGGCGAUGCGCGUCUUUAGAGACGACGUCAAAAAAGAUUUCAAACAUAUCGAUGUUUGGCAGCAGAAACGAAGAUCGGUGGGCUGGCGGUGUCCAGUCCUCGAGCUCGAAACGUACGAAGCACACGGGGGGUGGCUACUCGUCUAG